AUGUUGCCCACCGCCAAGAAAGCUUCAGAUAUCCGAAAGGAGAAUCUGGAGAAGAAGCUUGCCGCUCAGGAGGCUAAAAAGGAUGGGGGCGUUAUCCCUCGCUCUUUGCAAAAACAGAUCCGGCAGCGGCCGUCUAUUGAGAAGCCUACACAUAAGAUGCAGAAAACCACUUCCACCGCCCGGGCUACUACCGGCGGUAAAUCAAUAAAGACCCAAGGCGGGUCUAACGCUGAAACAGCCUCGAAAGAGGAACUGCUCCGCGUGGAGGGGCUCAAGAAGGCCUACAUCCGCAAACAAGAGGAGGCGGAUCAGGUCAAGACCCUCCAAAAAGCCCUCAAAGAGUCCAAGCUCAAAGUGGACAAUCUCCAGGCGGCCCUGGACAAUGCUGAGGAUGAGCUCAAGAAGCAUGAGGAGCCCCUCAAGAGGCUUGACCAGGAGGAGAAGAGCAGCAAACGACUGCAACAAGAGAAUGACCGCCUGGUCAAGGAGGCGGCUGCUACACAGGGCAACUUCCAGGCCACCCUUGAAGCUGAACAGAGCCGGCUCAUUGAGGAGAAUGAGCAAGACUGCGAGAACCGGAUGAAGAGGGCGUUCUCCAUUAUCCACCUGGGUACAGACUACAACGUCUGGGAGCUCGCCUACAAAUACGCAGAUCUUUCCAUUCUGGCUGAGGAAGAGGGCAAGCCGGGGCCUGGACCCUAUGAGCAAUGGGUUGAUGCCGAGUUCCAACGAAUGCAGGCGGAGACGGCUGGCAAUGACGAGUUAGUCGAGGAUGAGGUUGCUCCCGGCUCCGUCUCCACCACCGACCCAACUCAUCCGGAGGGGAGCCUGGCUGAGGCUGACUAG